AUGCUCGCGCUGCUCAUGCUUAGCUAUAUUUUACUACAUUCUAGUCUAUAUCUCAUCGAUGCCGCUUCCAUAUUUGAUCAGACCACAAAAGGCAAAUGUCAACCAAUCGAGAUACCUCUAUGUAAAGAUGUUCCAUAUAACUACACAUACUUUCCGAAUCCAUAUCUACAACAGGACCAGCAAAGUCUGCAAACAAACACCGAACACUUCAAGCCGUUAAUAAAAACGAAAUGUAAUCGUAAUAUACAAUUCUUCGUAUGUUCCGUAUUCGCUCCGAUGUGUCCCGAAGGAAUGCCACAGGCUGUGACCAGUUGUAGAUCCGUUUGCGAGCAGGUCAAAGCCGAUUGCUCGUCGAUUUUGGAGGAGUUCGGUAUCUCAUGGCCGGAGCCACUGGAUUGUUCGAGAUUUCCUCAAGAGCCGGAUCUUUGCAUGAAUCCUGAUGAAGACAGACAUGGUUAUGAGAAGACAUCUCUUCAUCGGCAUCGUUUGGGCCCGUCGAUGUCGUGUCCUCACGAUCUAUUAGACAUCGAUCCUCUGGAUAAUGAGGGAGUUUGCGCAUACAAAUGUGGUGCUGAUGUGAUGUUUAGCAGCGAAGAGAAGACUGCUGCCCGAACAUGGAUGUUGAUGUGGGGUGGAUUUGAUUUUACCAUGAGCCUCUUCACUUUUCUUACUUUUCUCAUCGAACGUAAUCGUUUUCGAUUUCCAGAACGAUGCGUCUUCUACAUAUCGCUCUGCUUCAUGUUCUACUCGAUACCGUACCUCUUCCCUCUGUUUAUGCAGUAUUCGGCUCGAGCUUGUGAUAAGCUACUUAAUGGACAAUCCUACUUGGUUUUCUCUGGCUUUGAAAACACCAACUGCUUAUUUUCCUUCGUGUUCACUUACUAUUUUGGAACUGCUAGCAGCUUAUGGUGGUUGAUGUUUGCCUUCACUUGGUGA